GCUGGGGAGGGUCAGACAUCAUCAGGGCUCUCUUAGGUACAUAAAAGUGGUGGGGGAGAGGGGAAGGUAGUGAGGAAUUUCCAGUGUGUAGGUUCCAUGAUAGCAUCCCUGGUGCUGGGAAGGGGACAACUGAUGCUGUAGCUGGGAUAGGUGGGAUGGACAGUGAGGGAGAGUAGGGGUAGGGAGAACAGGCAGGAGGAGGGCUGUUCCCUGGGCUGAUUCUGAUUUUAUCUUAACCCUCACUUUCAUUCCUCCUCAGUCCUCUCUUCCCUCCUCCCUCACCCCCCAGCCUGCCCCCCUACUGUCCUCCCCUGCCUCCAGCUGACCAUGGCAUCAGAAGCAGAGAAAACAUUCCAGCGGUUUGCCGUCUUUGGAGACUCAUCAAGCAGUGGUACUGAAAUGAACAACAAGAACUUCUCCAAGCUAUGCAAAGACUGUGGCAUCAUGGAUGGCAAGAUGGUCACCUCUACUGAUGUGGACAUUGUGUUUAGUAAAGUCAAGGCCAAGAAUGCCCGAACCAUCACAUUUGCCCAGUUCCAGGAGGCAAUGAAGGAGCUAGGCCAGAAACGGUUCAAGGGGAAGAGCCCAGACGAAGCCCUGGAGAACAUUUAUAAGCUCAUGGAGGGCAAGGAUCCAGCUACCACUGGUGUCACCAAAGCAACAACGGUGGGCGGCGUGGACCGGCUAACAGACACCAGCAAGUAUACUGGCUCCCACAAGGAACGUUUUGACGAGAGUGGCAAAGGCAAAGGCCUCGCAGGACGCGAAGAGGUGAAUGACAACUCAGGCUAUGUGAGUGGCUACAAGGGUGCUGGCACCUACGAUAAGGGGAACAAGUAGAAAGGAGCCUCGUCUUAGCCUGCCAGCCCCUGACCCUACCCUUCCAGCCCAACCCUACAUCUUCAACACAAGGUUGUGUGGGAAACAAUAAACAUCUGUGUGUGCAGCCAAAAAAAAAAAAAAAAAGGUGACACUUCAACUGCUUUCGUUUGAUGUGAUCAUUACAUGUAGAAUUUUUACACAUGAAAUUCCAAGAGUAGCUCUGUUCUUGUAAAUGGUAGUGAGCACCUUGAUUCCUUUCGGUUGCUGCAAGCUGAAGCUGAACACCAGUUCCCAUCGAACCAACCAGCAGAUACUACACUGAAGCCCGUGUGUGAGUAGACAUUUGACUCAACCAAUCGUUUUUUGAUAACAAACAUUAUUAAUCGUGUCUCCCACUUACUCCUCACACGCCUAAGGUUCCAAGAAUUAGCACGUAUCUUUAGGAAUUAGAGUCAUUUGUUAAAAAUAGGUAUUUUAACUCCAUCAUCCCCUCAUCAACCUGGGUAUCUUGAGACUGAUACUUGUAAUCUUUUUUUUUUGAAAUACAACUAUAAAACCUAGCAAGCCCACCUCUAGAAAUCAAUCCUAUGCAUUGUGCGUAAAGAUGUAAGUUCAAGAAUAUUUAUUGCUGUGUGGUUAGUAAUACUUUUUUUAAUCUGAAAAAGCCCGUUAUGUCCAUCACUAGAGAAGUGUUUAAAUAGAUUGCAGUUUUGACCUGACUCUGAAAUGCUAUACAGCCAUUAGAAAGAAGGCAGCUGAUCUCCACGUGCUGAUGUUGAAAGCAUGCCAAGAUAUUAU